UACGCAUCUGCGCAUGCGCAGCUUUUCUCUCCACACAGUUGGGAAGGGCAGCGAUGACUCCGGCCUUGACCAGCCGGGAAGUGAAUACAAAUUUUUUGGAUAUCAAUAUUCCUUCCGUAUUUCUUACUUCAAGAUGAUGCAUUUCCUGUUGCUGUUCAGUCGUCAGGGGAAGUUACGGCUGCAGAAAUGGUUCCUGCCCCUCCCGGAAAGAGAGAGGAAGAAGAUUGUGAAGGACAUGACCACUAUGGUGUUGGCACGGAAACCACGCACAUGCAACUUCCUGCACUGGAAGGAUCUAAAGGUUGUCUAUAAGAGGUACGCAAGUCUUUAUUUCUGCUGCGCUUUGGAGGACCAGGAUAAUGAACUUAUGGCUUUAGAGACUCUGCACCGUUAUGUGGAGCUACUUGACAAAUACUUUGGAAAUGUGUGUGAGCUGGACAUCAUCUUUAACUUUGAGAAAGCUUAUUUCAUCCUGGAUGAGUUUCUGAUGGGUGGAGAGAUUCAGGAGACGUCCAAACAGUCCUGUUGCCAGGUCUAUAGAGGCCUCUGAUAUGCUACAAGAGACAAUGGAAGAAUACAUG